CUUAGUUAUACAGGAUCACCAACAUAUAUUUAGUGUAAUACUUUGAUAUGGCAUCCUGGUGUAAUACCAUUCCAAUCUUAUCUCUGUCUUUCAUACAAUAUUUGCUAUUUUUGUCUUGUUUUAAAAGUAUUAACACAGCUUGCAAGCAGCUCGAAGCAGCUAAAUAAAAAUCACUUAACAAAGGCCUAAAUCAAACUUUAUUUUCUAGAAAAUAUGGAUAAAAAUAUUGUUUUAUUAAAAAAUGAGCUCUGAUAGUUCAGAUAAUGAAGAUCUAGAAUUGCUAAGAGAAGCACAAGAUACACAGUUUUUGAAGGAAAACUUAUAUUCCCAAGAUAAAGAUAGGACAAGUGAAGAAGUGCAAGAAAAACCCAUUAGUUUGAGGAUAACUAAAGAUGAAAAUGAGCAGUUUAAUUUUUUAAAAGUAACACCUGAAUUCAGAAAUUUCGUAGCAAAGCAUUUGACUAAACUUCUAGAUAAUAAGUUGGAAAGAGAGUUAGAAUAUGAUGCUUAUAAUAGAGAAAUUAAGAGAAAACGGAAAAAUAGUGGUGUCAGACUAUUUUCCCAUUCAAAGAAGCUGUUAAAAGUUGGGGAAAAUUUAACUCGAAACAUAAAUUUGUGUACAAACAAGACUAGAAUAAAUACUGUGCUUAAGCAAGACAUUGUGGCUACAGAUGAAGAUUUAAGGAUUUUAGCAGUAUCUGGUGAAUAUAUUUUAUCAAAAAAGGAUACAGAGCCCUGGUCCAAUAGGUCAAAAUCUGAGACAUUCACUUACAAAAAAAAUAAAAAUGGAAAAUUAGAAAUAAUUGAGCCCAAAUUCAAGGAAUCUUAAAAAAUGUCUCACAUGCCUCCAUUUCGCUUGAAUGUGCCUAAUUUGCCUGCUGACUUGCCUCCUGCCCCCUCAAAUCCUAAAAAAAGAAGAAAAAAUGCCCCAAUUCAACCCCCACCCAGUGUGCAGGACUUGCUGCCACCCCCUUUAUCAGGAUAUGGAGAUACUAUUGUAGCUUCAAACCCUUUUGAUGAUUGUCCCAGUAAUGUAAAUACAGGAAGUUCUAUGGGUAGACCUCAUGGAGGACCCCCUAUGGGUAUGGGGGGUCCAGGUCCAAAUAUGGUAAUGGGUAACAAUAUGGGUAUGUACAGACCUAUGUGUCCCAACCCAUCCAUGGGUAUGAACUCUCCAAUGAUGCACAGCCCUAAUGCCCAUCAAAUGAAUAACUCUAUGAUGAUGAAUGGUCCUAGAAUGGCUCAUAUGGGUCCUGGGCCAGGUCAUGGUCCUCCACACAUGAUGCCCAGUCCGAAUGGUCCUGGAGGAGGAGGACCAAUGGGUCCUAACAUGAGUAUGACAGAGGCAGGUCGGAGACAUGUCCGAGAAGGUACAGAGUUCCUAGAAAUACACCGGUCAGGAACUACCCAACUCUACUACCGAGGUAAACCUCCAAAUGGCACUUCUAAUCAAAAUCAGAAUAUGUAUGAUCACAUACAGACAGGUCCUCCGAUGCAUAGUCCAUUAGGAAACAUGGGUCCUAUGCCAGGACAAGGACCAGGUAAUGCUAGCCCCAUGAGCCAUUCAGGUCCAAUGAAUGGUGGUGGAAUGAACAAUCCUAUGAAUGGACCUCCCAUGGGUGGUCCACAAAUGGCACAUGGCCCUCACGGACCACAUGGUGGCCCUGGACCUGGUCCUGGAAUGAAUAUGUCCUCUGGAAAUGGACCUCCGGUUGGACCCCCCAUGAAUAACAACUUUAUAAUGUCUCCUAUGAAUAACAUGUACUCAAAACCCAUGCCAGUAUCAGCAGGAAAAGUUUACCCAGUAGAUCAACCAAUGGUUUUUAACUCUCAAAAUCCCAAUGCACCACCCAUAUACCCUUGUGGGGUAUGCCAUAAAGAAGUUCAUGAUAACGACCAAGCCAUUUUAUGUGAAAGCGGGUGCAACUUUUGGUUUCACAGAGGCUGUACCGGCUUAACAGAAGCGGCUUUUCAGUUGUUAACAGCUGAAGUGUAUGCAGAGUGGGUAUGUGACAAGUGUCUACAUUCAAAAAACAUCCCGUUAGUCAAAUUCAAACCUUAGUAUUAUCUAUUUUUGAAGGCUCUGUGUGGAAUGGACCGAAUGCUCAUCUAAGUUAUUUUAUAGACAUUGUGCUUUUAUUUCUCAAAAGUACUGCAGACAAUUUAUCUAUAUUACCCCUGUAUAUUUACGCUUAAAAUUGCAUAUUUGUAUGCUAAAUUUUAAAAUUACAAAUUGUAGAUAUUGCAAUAUGGCCUCAUAGUAAAGAAGAAAAAAAAAAUAAUUGAAACCAGUAAAAAUUAUAAAUUUGUAAUUUUAAGAUUAGAAUUUUUCGAAAAAAAAAAAACUUAUUUACGGAAGUAGAAAAGAGGAAUGUAAUAUUUAAAGAAUCAUUAAAAACUAUAAAGUGUUAAAAUUUAAAAUUAUUUUUUGUUUAAUUUCAAUAAAAUUUUAAUUUGUGAGUAGAUAAAAUUAGUAGAGGUAGAUGAUCAGAUUGUCUAUUAUUUCGAAAACAAAAGUCAUUUAAUUUCCUUUUUGAAAAUUAUUUUAUGUCAAACUUUUUAAACCAUCUAAAGGUGUGUACAGACGUCAUGAAAAAGCACAAACGAACAAGAAUAUAUAUUCGAAUAGAACUUCAAGAAGAAGAAUGGUGCCAUUUUAUUCCAUCCAUUGUAAUAGUUUUUGAAUUUUUGUUUGGUAUCAUUCUUCUUAAGGUGCAAUAUGAACCAGUGCUUUAUUACUUAUUUGUAUUUGUCCGUAAUGUCUGUAGGCAUAUAAGAAAGUUACAUAAUAGCUAAAGAUAUCUACUUUAGUACUAAUACAAGAUCUUAUAACAUUAAAUUGUACUUGUAACUAUUUAUGUUAUGAUUAAGUACUUUAUAACCGUUUUUAAAUAAUUAUAUAUCUUUAAGAGAGGCUAUGUAUUAUAAAAAUCAAAUAAAUCUCAUUAUCUAGAUUUGUUUCUAUUUUUAUCACCCUCUUUUCAACUGACUUCAAAAAAGGAGGAGGUUCUCAAUUCCUCGCAAUAUUUUUUUUAUGUAUGUUCAGCGAUAAUGAGCCGUGUUCACAUGCGAGAU